UAUAAUUCAUAAAAUUGACUGUAAUGUGAUCACUAUAAUAUGUAAAUUUUAAAAACAACAACAGACGACUAUUUAUUUUGCGAAUAUUGGUGAUACUGCUAUAAAAAUUCACGUAGGUGAGGAAAAACGGCAAGGUUGAUCGUUGAUGUUAUGUUAUGGUGAUGCCGAUGAUUGGAGUGAUUCGUUCAGGGCAAGUUGAAGAUACGUGUUGAAGUAUCUUUCAGUGUCAUGAGAUAAUGCUUUGUGACACACAGUAUUUUGAGUGGCUGACAAGAAAUUGUGAAUUUGUUGUUUUUAUAAUUUUAUUUAUUACUCUUAAAGAUGGACAAGGUGCAGCUGUGUGAAAGUUUGAUGAAAUGGCUGCAGACAUUUGAUGUUGAUGCUCCUCACAGCACCGUUGAAGAAGUGAGUGAUGGAGUAGCAAUGGCACAGGCUCUGACCCAAAUAGCACCUGAGUGGUUUGGCGAUGCAUGGAUGUCAAAAAUUAAGACUGAUACUGGCAACAAUUGGCGACUGAAGGUUAGUAACUUGAAGAAAAUAGUGGAAGGCAUAGUUGACUAUUACCAUGACAGUAUUAAUCAACAUUUCGCUGACUUCAGUAAACCAGAUGUUAUUAAAAUUGGAGAAAAGUGUGAUGCGGCCGAGCUUGGACGUUUGCUGCAAUUAAUUUUAGGAUGUGCAAUCAAUUGCAAUCACAAACAGGAAUACAUAACAAGGAUAAUGUCCAUGGAAGAAUCAGUUCAACAAGUAAUCAUGCAGUCUAUUCAAGAACUUGAGAAUAGUUCGCAUGGAUCUGUACAAUCUAGUAUUGGAACAAGUCUAGGUAUUGAUUCUGAUCCAGAACCACAAGUCCAGAAACUGCAAUUAGAAAUAGAACUUGCUACAGAAGCUCGGGAUCAAAUGGCUCAACGUUGUCAUGAAUUAGAUAUGCAGGUAACAUUGCUGCAGGAGGAAAAGGGAAGUGUAUUAAUGGAGAACAAAAGACUGCAUGAAAGACUAAAAGAAUUUGAAAAUUUAGAUGAUCCGUCUGGAACUGGUCACAGGUACAAAGAAUUGAGGAAACAAGUAGACGUUCUAAAAGAAGAACUCUUUAAAAUGGAAACAUCUCAGGACGAUUAUCGUGUGAAGGCUGAGUCACAGGAGAAGGAACUUUUGGAAUUGCAGACAAAAGUUGAAGAGUUGCAGAGAAUGGCAGAUGAAGCGCAACACUUGAAAGAUGAAAUUGAUGUUCUAAGGGAAACAGCAGAUAUGGUUGGCAAAUAUGAAGCUACUAUCGAGUCAUACAAGAAAAGACUGGAAGAACAUGGAGAUUUACGAAGGCAAUUAAAAAUUCUUGAAGAAAAAAAUACAGAUUACGUUCAACAAAAUAUGGAACUUGAAGAAGAAAUGAAGAAAAAUAGCGUUGUAAAAUCACAAUUAGAACUAUACAAAAAACAAGUCGCAGAAUUAGAUCAUCGUUUAAACGAAGAAACGAAGCGAGCAGAUAAAGAGGAAUUUGAAUGCAAAAAAUUACAAGAAAGAUUAAAUGCCAUCCAGAGAGAGAAAGAGCGCUUAAUUGUGGAACGAGACUCUUUAAAAGAAACAAAUGAAGAAAUGAAAUGCUCCCAACAACAAAUGCAGAUUCGAGGAGUUGGUCCUUCAGGUGCUCCUGAUGGUUUGAUGCCUGAAAGUGUUACUGAAAAUAUGAUUCCUCCAGAAGUCAAAGAAAGAUUGGUAAGACUGCAACAUGAGAAUAAAAUCCUUCGUUCCAAUCAACGUUCACAGGAAGAUGAAAAUGUCCAAGUUCUGAAAGAAAUGUUGGAGAGUGCUAAAGAAAGAGUUACUCAAUUAAGGCAAGAAAAGAGAAAUGCUCAGCAAAGAAUUCUGGAACUAGAAAGUCAAGUAGAAGAAAUGCAGGAACGUGAUGGUGGAGGAGGAGCUGGGCUACGCCAACAUCUUACAGAUAUGCAAAGUCAGUUGCGUGUUUAUCAACGAGAAAAGGAAGCACUGACAUCUCAGGUGGAAGAACGCGAUGUAUCCCUGAAUGAGUGUAAGCAAAAAAUUGCUUCAUUGCAAGAUGCCCUGCGACAGAAAGAAUCAGAAAUGCAAAAAUUGGAGGAACAACAUAAAAGAAAUAUAGAGAAGGCCAAGAAUGUGAUCAAAACUCUUGAUCCUAAGCAAAAUCCUGUACCAGCUGCUGAAGUAGCUGUCCUAAGGAAUCAGGUCUUGGAGAAAGACAAAAUUAUUGAAGAUAUGGAGGAGGAAAAGGAACAAAGUAAAGCAUUCCGAGAUAUUGAAAAUAAACUAAUGGUUUCAGCAUUCUACAAACUGGGUGGAACUCGUCAGAGGGAAUCUGUGGAUCAUCGGCUUGCAACAUUGAGUUCAGGACAAAAUCAGUCAUUUCUAGCCCGACAACGCCAAGCAGCUGCCCGAAUUGCCCCUGUGGAUCUACAUUAACUUAAGAGUAAAUAGACGUAGUAUUUUUUAAUUGCCUCAAGAAUUGACAUAUGGUUAAUUUAUUUUGGUCAAGUAGUUUUCCAGACAUUGUCAUAUAAUGUUGAAUAAACAUUGGUAAACUAAGAGGACAAAUUUGUGUCUGACAAUAGUACUUGACUCUCAGUUGCAAUAUUCUGUAUGGAUACUUUUGUCUCAAAAAAAUUGUGCAAGACGUCGGAUAGAUCGAGGAUAGCUCGAACUUGCCCUAAGGAAGAACGAAGAGUGAAGUAUUCCAUAUUGACAGUCUAUGGUGCUGCUAAUAUCUAUGUCACAUCUCAAUACAGAACAUUCUUGAAAGACUUUAAUUGUAAUUUAUUGUACUAAAUGCAAACAAACAAAAAAUGUGUAAAAAUUUUUUAUAUUUGUCUACAGUUCUUGUGUGUGAACUGAGUUCAUGUCUAGUGGAUAUGUAUAGGAAGUUGGAUGUAUCUUAAUAAUGAUACAUUUGAUUAAUAAAUUAUGUUACAAAUUUUAGAACUGAUGCCAUUUUCUUAUAAAGAAAAUGAAGAAUGUUUUUGUAUUGUUUUGUUAUUACUUAUGGUCAUGUUGCUCAUUGAACAUGAAACAAAAGAAAUAUUAAAACCAAACAAAAUCCUAUAUAUAUAAUAACUUAUUUAUAAAUAUAUUAUCUUGUAUUUAUUAUUAUUUCAGCAGAGUAUUUAUUAGCUGUUAUUUUGAAGAAAUUUUAUUAACCUACCUCAGGUUUCUUUUGUUAUGUAUUAAAAAUAUGUUUCUUGAUCUAUCAGGAUUAGCAGAAACCAAUGUAUUGCUGUGAAUCAAAGAAACAAAUUUGUAUCAAGUUAAAAAAAGCUAGUUAUAAGCAUUUUUUUCUUUUUCAUUAAUGAAACUAUGUUGACUGAAAAGAGACAGUACUUGCUUCCUCAUAAAUGUACUGUAAUAACUUAAUUUUUCAAUUGCACCCCUUUCCAUUCUCAAGAAGGAAAUGAAAAAUACCACUAUCCUUGUCUGGAAGUGUUAAGUAAUAUUUUGAUGGCUGAUUCAUGAGAAAUCUGGAAUCCCAUAUUUCUCAUGCAUUGUGCUAAAAGUACCUAUAUAAUGUGUUUAAGAAAGCCUUCAAAAGAUUACUGAAAUCCAUUCUUGUGAAUGUUUGAAAAAUCACAGGUCGUCAAAGCUAAAUGCAUUGCACUGAGUAUAUUCAGGUCUAUAUUUUUAGUAAGGGCUUUAUAACAAUUAUUACUUUAAAAUGUGAUUGUAGUGAUUUAGAAAUAUUCUCCCUUGGGAUUACUGCACCAUUUUUAUCUCUGCAUAAAGUUUCAUAACAAGCACUGAAAGCCAAUCUAAUUUAUGUGGGAACAUUGAAGUGAAAUAGUAUUUAAAUAGUCCAUGACAAUCCAUGUUUAGAGGAAUACUUUUAAACUUUUCUCCUAAACAAGGAUGCAGAUGAUCAAAUUAAGUCAAUGUCAAAUACAGAAACAUUUCUGGUUGGUAGAACUGACAAGAAACCAAUUCCCGGAAAUUAAUGAACAAUUGAAGAUUUUGUCAAUGUUAACUUAUCAGGUUAUGAUGUUAUUGAUUAAAAAAUGAGUCAUGGAUUUAUUUGAAAAAAUUAAUUUUAAAUUUAUGAGUUUAUGAGAACUUUUUUUAACCAAUGCAAUUGAGAAAUUUCUUCCUGGUAAUUGAGUAAGUUAUUGCCUUUCAUUCUGGUAUUGUUUAUUUCCUCCCUUUGUGAAUCACAUUGAUCGUAUGCCUCUGUUAGUAGACACAUUUUAAAUAUUUUUCAAGGAUACUAUUAAAUAUACGUGAAUCUUUUCCUCAAAUCCGGUUUUAAUUACUCCUAAACUAUUGAAACCAUUUCGCUUUAUCUGAAGCAGUUCAAGACGUUUUGUUUUGUUUUUACAUAUUUACCCUGCCCAAAAUAUAUAUACUUAGACAUGGAGAUGUAGUAUUUGUAUCUGGGUGCUCUGGGAUUGAGAAGCACAAGGAUUAUAAAACACUGAAAAUUCUAGAAAAUAAUAUGACCAGAAUGAACUAUAGGAAGCUAGGUUAUGCUUUACAAAAAUCAUACAGAGCCGUGGAGAGUUGAAUGUGAUGUAAUAAUUGUGGUAUAGACGUUACUAGUGGUUAAAAUUUUUAAAGCACAAUUUAUAAUAAUGUGAAAAUUCACAUAGUGUUUAUUUAAUUUGAUUAACAGUUAUUAAAUUCAACAUUGAAUUCUAGAAAAAUCUCUAUACUCAACAUGGAAUUGUGUCAAAAAUAUUUUCAUUGAUUUUAAAACUGCUUGAAAAAUACUAUUUUUAAGUAUAAUUUAUUUUCAAUUGGGGCUUCCAUUUGCUUUCCGGGUAUAGUAAUACCUUUAGGUCAAUUGGAGGCUAAAAUAUAAGGUAGUAAUAAAUAGUAAAAUGGACUACAAAGAUGCAGUCUGAUAUACAGUUUGAAAUAUGUUGAGAAUUGUUUUUUGUAACAAACGGGGUAGUUGAGGCUGAGAGGUAGCCUUUGCUGUGUCCUGCCUGUUUGAACUGAGUCCUUUUUGCUCAAUCAAACAUGAGAUAUUUACUAAUGAAAAUUAAUUUGCUUAUAAACUACAAUAUUGGAAAAUUGAAUGUUGUUUGUUUUUUUCUUCACAUGCUCUUCUGGAUAAAGCAGUUUUAUAUCUGAUCGGAUGUUUAUUUCGCAGUAGUAAACAAAGAAAUUGUUACAUUUUCUGUAGUCAUUUGAACAAUUGCCACAGCAUAUAUUGAAGUGAAAAUGUUUUAUGAAUUAUUCUUCAGAAAAAAAAGUUUAUCAAUAAUCAUCAUCAGCAUUAAUCAUUCCAACUCUUUGUUUCAAAUGCAUUUUUUUUAAUUGUAGUUCGAGUGAAAUCUGGCAGAUAUUACUAUCUUUCAAUUGUGUCAUUUAUCUUUUAAUGCAAGACAUAAAGUUUAUUUUUAAUCUUUCUAAAAUUAAGUGACUACAGAGCUUUAGUAUCGGUGGUCCUUUACCAAUUCUUCUGUGUACUGUUAAAGGAAAAAAA